AAACGAAGAGUCUCUCUUUUUGGCAAAGUUGCAACCUUUGCGUAUAAAAAGGUCACGAUUCAGUCAAAGUUACCAUCUUUCAGAGUGAAAGAGAUGAAUCACGGCGAAGGUUGGAGUUCCGGUGGCCGUGGAGGUCCUAGGGGCCGCUCUCAGGCGUCUUGGCAAAUAGUAAACCGUCAAAAAAGCGAAAGUCACGUUACGGUUGAUAGGUCUUUGGAUGAAUCUUCUGGUAACAGGGGUGGUAGGGGGUUACGAGGGAGAGGAAGAUGUACACAAUCAUGGUCUCCUAGAAACAACAAUAGUCCAGAGCAAGUGUACGUUAAGAAGUCAUCACAGGAUGGCUUAUGUUCUACUAAGCAACCUGAUGAAGUUGCUGCUUUCAAGUGUUCUGGAGAUGACAAGGUUCUCUUGCAGCCAUCUGCUUCGUCUAACUCGAAGAACAUAAAUCUUAGUGGAGAUUUGUCUGUCUCUAGAGAAUGUGAGGAUAAGAAUGGCGGUAGAGUGUCUUGUUAUUUAGUGAAUAAGAUGGAAGAUGUUUCGCUCUCUGGCCAAGUGUCUGUGUCUUCUACGAGUGAUAGGAAUGUUGAGAUUUCUAGUGUUGAGGAUCAGGAUGAAGCUCACAAGUCUGGUGAUGUAGGGAACGCUUCGGAUGAUAGAAACACUAGACUUUUUGAUCUCUGCGUCGAGAAAAAGGUUAUGGGACUAAAAGCCUCUAGUUUGCAACUGAACAGAGAAAAGAGGAGAGCUGCUAAGGGGUACAGUGGAAUUGUUGUUAGACCUGGGAUGGUCCUUCUCCAGAACUACUUGUCACUCAAUGAUCAAGUGAUGAUUGUGAAGAAAUGCCGGGAGCUUGGUUUGGGUGAAGGAGGCUUCUAUCAACCAGGGUAUAGAGAUGGAGCAUCAUGUCAUUUGAAAAUGAUGUGCCUGGGGAAAAACUGGGACCCUCAAACAUCUCGAUAUGGAGAUACUCGACCACAUGAUGGUUCUGUUCCACCAAAAAUUCCUGCUGAGUUCAAUCAGUUUGUUCAGAAAGCAAUCAAAGAUUCACAGUUCCUUGUUGCUACAAGCUCAAAGAAGACGAAAGGGGAAGAUGAGAUACCAUGUAUGUCGCCAGACAUCUGUAUUGCUAACUUCUACACAUCCACUGGGAGACUUGGUCUACAUCAGGAUAAAGAUGAGAGUUCAAAGUCCAUUCAGAAGGGAUUACCUGUUGUAUCAUUUUCUAUUGGAAGUUCAGCCGAGUUUGUGUAUUGUGAUCAGAUGAAUGAUAAGCCAGAGAAGGUUGUGUUGCAUUCUGGAGAUGUUCUAUUAUUUGGUGGCAAGUCCAGAAAUGUUUUUCAUGGCGUCCAAUCAAUUAUCAAAGAUACUGCUCCUCCGGUUCUUGUUCAGGAAACAAGUCUCCGACCAGGUCGUCUGAAUUUGACUUUUAGGCAGUACUAAACCCAAAGCUAGAACUCUUACAUGCAUCUUGAGGCUGUUUUGGAAUGUCUGAACAUGUACAAGUUGUAGGUUCAUAAGCUGCAGAUUUCUAUGCACUUAUGUUUCUAUUUUGGCUACAUCACAGUGUCUUAGCAAUAUAACUAUCCAUUAUGUUUCUCAGGUUUCUUAUCUCG